AUGUCCUUCACCAGCCCCGUCUUCAUCGCUCGGACUGUCGCACAGUGCCUGCGGUCACUACCACAGCGGCCUGCUGCGGGGACCUCUGGCUUCUCGAAGCUCUACCUAUCCACCAUAUUGGUUGCACAACCUACCCAAUCACUGCGACUUCCAUGCUUUCGGCAAGCGACAUCUCUGACGGCGGUGCAUCACACGACCUCGCAGUCCCAGACCCGACUGUCCUCUGUUCUCCAAAUUGUGUCGAGUAGAGUAUGGCAGGCUACCCAUCGCUCUUUUAGGCCUUCACAAGUGACUGCUAGCUCCUCGCGCCCCUCGUUAGGCGGUCCACCUCCACCGCGGCGACUGCAAUCCUUAUGGCAGACCUUCCGUCGAAAGCUGGAUUCAACUCCUCCUGAAGCUAUUAUGUGGGGUGUUUUGGCUCUGAACGGGGUCGUGUUUGUUAUGUGGCACUUAGCUUCCAUUAAGUAUAGAAGUGCGGGUGAUCCAGGCUUCUAUAGGUGGAUGAUUGAGAACUUUACCGUGAGCGCACAUAACAUAAGUUCAGGGCGGAUAUGGACGCUCUUGACUAGCUGCAUAUCACAUGAGGAUUCCUCUCAUUUAUUGUUCAACGCACUGACCUACUACUUUAUGGCACCAGCCGUUCUACCGAUGCUGGGGAAUGCGAGCUUCUUGGCUUUGUAUCUCAGUGGUGGGCUUUUUGCGAGUGUUGCGAGUGUCUUCUGGCACAAGACUAUUAAACAUCACAACAACUACAGUUCGUAUGGUGCAAGCGGCGCACUAUUCGCAAUAGUGUCGUUCUUCGCAUGCGUAGCCCCUCGCGCAAAGUUGUAUUUGUUUGCCGUUGUUCCUGUACCGGCAUGGGCAUUGGUGACAGGCAUCAUUCUAUGGGAUGGCUUCAGCGCAGUUACGGAUAAACGAACCGGAACAGACACAGCUGGCCAUAUUGGUGGCAUUUGCGCCGGCAUAGCAUACUUCCUACGGCUUCGCUUCCGUUUCUAA